GCCCAUGCCAUUGGUCUUGCAUUUUCUACCAUACUUUGCGAUUUUCUAUUCCACUUCUGUCAUUGAACACUCAAUCAAGUCGAAAUGAGAUACAACAUCGCUAUUGCCACUCUGGCCACUGUGGUCGCCGCAUCCGAGCACCCCCUCCUUGCUGCCCGCCAAACCGACAACACGGAAGAAUACAUCCAAGAAGUCUGUUUCCCAAACACCACCUCGCCAGUCCCCCCCUGUCAGGCAAUCCUCAACAUCGAAUCCGCCUGCCUUCCCAACGGCACUUCCACCCUCGCCUACGAAGCCCAUCAACAAUGCAUGUGCAACGGCGGUUACUUCCCCAACUGGCGCGGCUGCCUCAACUGUCAAUACGUCCACGGAACCCGCAGUGAAGCCGUCGCCGAAGCUUUCGACAACAUCUUGUCCUCCGCAUCACAGCAAUUCUGCACUGGCACCCCUACCGCAGUGUUCGCGGACUAUUUCUCCGCAUUGAGUGAUAGCUCGCCGCAGACUGCCACCGGUGCUGCUACGACCACGAGCGAUCAGUUCCCUAGCCAGAGUGCUGUGAGCUUGUACUAUACAGCCAGCGGUAACCAGGGACCUGGCGCCAUCACUGGAAGCGCUGCUCAAGCUACAGCUACCGCCUCUGCUGCUUCUGCAUCCAGUGGCAGUCUGGCUGCUAGUGCUGCGACCACUUCCGCUGCUAGAACUUCUGGUGCAUCCAGCAGUGCUAGAUCGAGUUCGGGCUCGAUGACUUCGGCGAGAUCGAGUGGAAGUUCUAGCGGUUCGGCUGCCUCUGCUGCUUCGACUUCCGGAGCUAUGAUGUUGCUGUAAAAUCUUCUAGAGGUAAUGGUGAUGGAAUCAUGUAAACGUAAUAAUG